ACCAGACCGGCGAGGUGGCGUUUAAAACUGUGCUACGAAAUCUCGGUUAUUAAUCAAACAAAAUUGGGGGGCAGCAAAGAGCACCAAGAUGUUGAAGUUCCUGUCAAAGGUACGGAUUGAGUUCAAUGCGUUGGACCCUCGCAUAGCUUCUUGCAUGGAGUUCUUAGCUCAAUGCAACGCCCGCAAGGCCAAAGAAUCGAACCCGGCUUGCCAGGUCUUAGUCAAGCGGCGAACCGAUGACCACCCGCCGCAAAUCACUGUCACUUUCGUUAACGGAGUCGAGGAGGUUUUUGACGGUACUAAGAUUCCUGCUCAGACCAUUAGGACCAUGAUUUUGGAGAAGGGUCAGCUCCUCGAGACGGAGCAAAUGUUCCGUGAAGCUGGUGAGAAGUGGCCUGUCAUCAUACCGGAGGAAGAGCUCCACAUGCCUGCUCCUGGUACCAAGUUUAAAGGACAGAUUGAACAAGAAAAGGGUUGAAGAACAAGCUGGAGGCCAAUAUUUAAGUAGAAAAUUCUGUGCGAGGAAGUAUAUUAUUUUUAUUUAUCAAACAUUGCAAGAGUUAGUCGGAGAUGCAUUUCCUAUCAUAUAUCUGGAUUUUUCAGAGCAGAAAGUUAAGUGUUCAAGUGCAUCAUUCAAGAUUUCCAUAUCUAUUGCCAUCCCAACUCCCAGCUCAUUGCAUUCUGACCAAACUGCUGCUCUUGUGGUUUGAUGAAACAGUAUUUUGUUUCAAUGGUUCACAAAAGCUGCUGCUCACUGAUUAUGCUUUUCUAGUCUAUUAAUUUAUGUUAUUUUGUAUAUUCUCAUGUUGCCAUUUA